AUGCUGCUUCCAGUAUCUCCACCUGCAGAAGACAUGGCAGCUGUAGCGGCAAGUCCUGUCUGUAGCGGAAAAAGCCGACCCGUUAAGUCACCUGAGGCGGUACCCACAGACGAUGCCAUAUCGUCAGAGCCAGCAUCUCUGAGCCCAGCAGGAGAGCAACACCUAGGUCCAAUUUCAGAAGAAGAGGACGCCAAAGAUCCGCCACUGCGAUGCCGACAAUUUGACAAGCCACCACCAGAAAGCAGAGCUGCUUGGUGA